UAUUUUCUCCUUCUCUCUCUAUCUUUCUUAUCUCUCUCUCUCCAGUCUGAACAUUACUUAGCCAUGAAGAAGCUCUACAAAGGAAAAGUCCAUCCAUCAUCGCCGUCGCCGUCGCCGUCGAUCACCGACCGUCUUUCUCUACUCCCGGCCACCAUACUAACCCUAACCAUCGCACUUUCUCCUGAAGACAGGGAAGUUCUUGUUUAUCUCAUUUCUUGCGCCGGCGCCGGCGUUGCCUCAAAGACACCAUCUUUCUCCAUCGCUUGCGGCGGUGGAAGCGGCGGUGACCAUUCAACGAAAUCCGAUUGUAAUUGUUUUAGAUGUUAUAUGAGUUAUUGGGUACGAUGGGAUAAAUCGCCUAAUCGUGAAUUGAUUCAUGAAAUUUUGGAAGUUUAUGAAGAUUGGGUUUUUAAUCAGAAGAAGAAUAAGAAGAAAAGGAAUGGAAAGAAAGGAAAGCGUGUUUUUCACGCACUAGAUAGUACAGAGGAGAUGUCUGGAAUUGACUUGACUGAGUCGAAACGAGUUGAUCUGAGUCGACCCGACGGCGGGAGUGGUUUUCCGGCGACGGCGCUGGUGCCGGCGAUGGAAGAACAAGAUAAGACCGGUCCGGUUAGAAAGAUUGUGAACUUCAUUGGAGAAAAGAUUUGGGGAAUUUGGGGGGUUUGAUUUUUAUUUUUGUUUUUGGUUGAUCAUAUAAUAGAAAAUGCAUAAGAUGCUUUGUUAGAAUAAUAAUCCUUUGUAGAGAUGUAAAAUUGUAAUAAUUUUUUUAUCUUAUAAAAUGGGUUUGAAAUUGAAAGUGCUU